AUGGGUAACUCAUCUAACAAUAAGUCCGAUCCUCCUUUGGAUGUAGAUGUUGGGGGUGAGUUUGAGGUGAUUCGGGGUUCAACUAUCCCUGAUAGUCCGGUAAAAUCUACUGGUGUCGCAUUGUUGUCUUCUAAGAGUAUUCAUCAUAAACCUACACUGGUUCCUCCGUACCCCUCGUCGAAAGGAGCUUCCAGUGCUACUUCUACCGAACACCCCAAGCAUAAGGUAAGACUGUCCGACUCUUCAGCCAUUGGUGGUGUUUUCCCCAGAUCUUCCCCUAAUAAAAUGCACACUUCACGCUCUUCUCCUGGUCUGGGCCAGGGGGUUUUACACCCCGUACUUGGCCUUCCACCACCUGACCUUUCCUUAUCUGGAAAAGCACUCCACAACUGUUCAGUAACUUCCGAACCUGCGGCGAUUUCCGUAGUAGAUGCUAUUUUGUCUUCUCUUGAGGUUCCCCAUCAAUAUUCCGAAGCUACAAUUAAAUUAAUUGCACUUCAGUUGAACUCCUACGUCACUACCGCUAUGCCUCUCCCUAGUGGUUCCACUUCCAAGGCUCGGUAUCGUAGGAGUGAACUUGCCUAA